AUUGGACUUCCAAUUGACAUAAAGUUAUCAGUUUCCAGUUGAAGCAUUAUAUCUUUUAACAAACAAACAGUUAAUAUACAAUUUUUAUUAAAAUUGUGAAUUGCAUUUGAAAGAAUUGAAACCAAUUUCUAUGGAAUUUGCUGACAUUUUACAGAGACUAUGCGUAUAAAAAAUAGGCGGAUUAUGUUAUGAGCAUGAACUUUUACUUUAUUAUAUUUUAGGAUAUUUAGGGUUUAAUGUGGAAUUGAUUAGAUGUUAAGUUCGAGAACCAAAUAGCCCUUAUAAUCCAGAUUAUCCAAGUACACAUGCAUUUUUAUGUGUAAAAAUAAGAGAUGAAACAUUUUUGGUGGAUCCAGGAUUUGGAGCAAGAUCUUAUAGAUUCCCUAUAAAAGUAAACUUUUAAAAUUUGGCUGAAACUCAUGAAUUAUUUGCAUAAGAACAUUAUAGAAUCCAAGAAAAUGAAACACAUUAUUAAUUUUAACAUUAUAUAGAUGUAAAUUGGGUCACAUAUUAUGAUUUUGAAAAACCAUUAAAAUUUGCCUCAGUAGAGGAUAUUCAUAAAGAUUAUUUAAAUUUAUUUACUUGCAAAUAAUUUAUUGGAAUUAGAGAUGGUAGAUUUGUGAUAUGUAGAAAUACUGAGUUUGGAAGGAUUCAAUAUUUAUGGUUCAAAUUGGAAUAAUAAUUUACAGCGUUUAAGAAAAUUUUGAAAUUUAAUGAAGCCGUUAAAAUUGAAUUCAAAUCAUAUGAUGAUCUUAAAGAGGAUGUUAAGAAUGAAUUAGGAUAUGAAUUGCCUAAUUAAGAAUUGCUUCGUUGA